AUGCACAUCUCAACAUUGGCCUUGGUCAUCGGCACCGCUACUCUGGUUGCCGCAAACCGAAGACCCUCUCCACCUUGCGGUACCUGCAACCCUGUCUCAGGCGAGAACCGCUGUGAUGUGACCACCUCGUGCAUCAACACAGGAACCGCCUUCCACUGUGCCUGCCGUGCUGGUUAUAAGGCGUCGCAGAAUAACAAUAAUGUCAAUGAUCAGUUCCGCUUGCCGAUGCCGAAUUAUGAGUUCCUUGUUUUCGUUCCUGAGAAGACGGCUUGCAAUACUCUUUGCAACAAUCCCUUCGGUAUGCCGUCGGAGCUUUGUAAUGAGGUUAAACUCUACAACCGGUGCCCAGCUUAA